AUGAGGAAAGUGCAAAAUUACCAUAUUCCCAUCUACCACCAUCACUACCAACACCCACCACUACUAUCACUCAUCACCAACCGCAACCGCUACCGCCACCACUACCGUCACCAUCAAUACUACCACCACCCGUCACCAUCGCCGCUGUCACCAAUAUCGUAUUCACCACCACCACCAUCACCUACAACCACCAUCGUCGCCGCCACCACCUCAAUCACCGAUACCUCCACCAUCCGCUGCCACCUCAACCAUCCUUCACCCCCAUCGGUCGUCACCGCCACCAUCACCACCAUCAUCGCUACCAUCCUUCACCGCCACUAUCCGUCACCGCCACCACCAUUCACCUCCACCACCAUCGCCACCUGCCACCACAUGUACCACCACUGCAGCCACUUCUACAUGUCACCACCGACACAACGACCACCACAGUCACCACCAUCACCAUCUGUCGCCACCACCACCAUUACCACUACUACGAUCACCACCCACCACCAUCACCCAAAACAACCACCAGAACGCAACCGCUACCAUUCAUCAACACCACCACAACCACCUCCACCAUCACCCACCACAUAUAACUUAUAA